AUGAUUGAUUUUAGUUAUCUGCGACCUCCAGCUGAUGUGUAUUAAAUCAAACAUGAUCGUAAUUUAAGAUCUCUUAUCCAUUAGCAUUCUAUAUUAAGCAUGGAGAAGGGAAGAAUCACGUUAGAAAAAUAUUCUUUCACCAAGAAUUUGAUGAUUAUGAAAAACAAAAAAUAAAGGAGUUGGUGGCGAGUAUCCAAUAACACAAAUUAGCAUUGCCUCCUGAGUAAUAUCAUUUUAAAGCUUUAGUUGGUGCCAAGAGUUGACUCUCAAAUAUUGUUAUUCAGGAGGCUUUGAAAUCAGCAAAUGCAUUCAGAGGUUACAAAAACAUUUGGAGUGGAUAAAUGACGACAAUUAUCAGGUCCUGUCUCCAGAGGCUGAAUAAUAUUUGGUUUCAAUUAAUAAAUAUUCAAUUUAGAAACAAGGCUACAUCUAUCAAUUUGGAAGAGAUCACCAAUACCGACCUGUUGUUUAUAUUUAAUUGCAUAUGAUUUCGAAAAACAAACUUCACGUACCCACUCUUUUAAAUGCAGCAACAGCUAUUGGGAACAUAGUAACCAAGUUUAUGUAUACUCGUGGUUACGUUGAAAAUUGGAUAGUCAUAUUGGAUAGUGGUGGUAGUGGAUUAUUUGAUUUCCCAUUCUCCACUCUCAGUAUGAUCAACGAAUUCUUUUCAAUAAACUACACUAGUUCAUUGCAUAAGAUGUUUAUUUUGAACCCUUCCUUCUUCUUCAACUCCUCCUGGAAAUUAAUUGAAAGUAGUUUCAAAUCCUAUACAUAGAAAUCAUCCACCCUGAGACUGCUGCCAAAAUCAAUUUCCUCAAAGCUUCAGAUUUCUACAAAUUGCAAGAAUUAAUUCCAGCCGAAGAGNUCCGAUUGGCAAUCGAAAUAUCAAUUGUAUAACUUAUGUCAAGCAUUACAGGAGAAUUAAGAAUAUUCUAUGUUGAUUAAGAAGGCUGCAAAGAAAUAGAAGGAUUAACCUGAGAAAGAGGUACAAGAGAGUGUAUAGGAUGUGGAAUAGAAUGUUUAGAAUGAUCAUGUGUUACAGGGAUAUGAUGUGGUUUCUAAGUCAGUCCAUAAGGUAUGCAAUAAAAUGGCACAUGCAAGGAUAACGCCAACUGAAAAAUAAAAGUUAAGAACAUUUCGUGGACAUUAUGUGAGACCUGGUCAAAUCAAGUCGAAGGGAUGGACUACGAUAUUGUUUGACCAUGACUUGCCUUCAAGUUAGGAUGAAAAAGAAAUAGAGGAUUAGCAGAAUCUUAGUAAUUUGGAUAUGAAAGAACUAUCUAGAAUCUACAAUAGCAAUUUUGAUAAGGAUAUUGGAAAAUUGUAGGGGAAAUACAGAGAAAAAAAAUAGAAGAAAAAUAAACCAUACGCAUUUUGA